AGCAGGAGCGGAGCGGUUCCGACGCCAUGGAGGCGAUGCCGGUGCCCCCCGCCUCUCCCGCCGCUCUGGUGCCGGCUCCCGCCGCGGGCCCCGUCGCCGUGACGGGGAAGGAGGUGGUGUCGCCGGCCGCGAGGCACCAGAAGAAGAUCCUGGAUGAGGAGACCUACAUCGAGAGCUUGGAGAAAAUCAUCCAACGGGACUUUUUUCCUGAUGUGGAGAAGCUGCGAGCACAGAAGGACUAUCUGGAGGCUGAGGAGAAUGGAGACUUGGAGAAAAUGAGACAAAUUGCUAUCAAGUUUGGCUCUUCCUUGAACAAAUCGUCAAGGGACACACCUGCACCCUAUGUUACCCCAGCCACGUUUGAAACCCCAGAAGUGCAUCCAGGUGGCCUUCCAGUGGGAAAUAAAUCUAAAGCUGGCAUCAAGACUGCAGAGGAAGGAGAAGCAGAGAAGGAUGAUAAGGAUGCUCUUCCCAGCCUGGACACGUUCCUGGCCAAGCACACGAGUGAGGACAACGCCUCCUUUGAGCAGAUCAUGGAGGUGGCCAAGGAGAAGGAGAAGGUCAAGCACGCCUGGCUGUACAGUGCAGAGGAGGAGUACACCCGGCGACAAAAUGAAAACCUGGCACUUCCUUCAGCUGAGCAGCAAGCUCUGGAGAAUGUGAAAGCUGGGCUGGAUACCUGGGAAUACACAGCUCGAAACACCCUCAUGUAUUAUCCCACAGGUGUGCCUGAUGAGAGUGAAGUUUUUAAGAAGCCUAGGGAAGUUGUGCACCGAAACACACGUUUUGUGAAGGACCCUUUUAGCCAAGCUGUGAGCAAAUCACAGCUCCAACAAGCUGCAGCCCUCAAUGCUCAGUACAAACAGGGCAAAGUGGGACCUGAUGGGAAAGAACUGAUACCCCAAGAUUCUCCAAAAGUGAAUGGGUAUGGAUUUGUGGCUACCCCCUCUCCUGCCCCAGGUGUGAAUGAGUCACCUUUUAUGACAUGGGGUGAAAUUGAAAGCACCCCUUUACGUCUGGAAGGGUCAGAAAGACCUUACGUGGACAGAACUCCUGGCCCAGCUUUCAAGAUCCUGGAGCCCGGACGCCGUGAGAGGUUGGGACUGAAGAUGGCCAAUGAAGUGGCAGCUAAAAACCGAGCAAAGAAGCAGGAGGCACUUCGAAAAGUGACAGAAAACCUGGCCAGCCUUACUCCAAAAGGACUAAGCCCAGCAAUGUCACCAGCUUUGCAAAGACUUGUAAACAGGACUGCAAGUAAAUACACGGACAAAGCCCUGCGAGCCAGCUACACGCCCUCGCCAGCCCACACAGGAACUCCUGGGUACAAGACCCCAGCCAGUGGGCCUCAAACCCCCCAGAGCACCCCACAGUCUAGGACAGUAUCUCAGACACCAGUAUCUCAGGAUACCACAUCCAUCACGGACAAUUUGCUGCAGCUUCCCAAAAGAAGAAAGGCAUCUGAAUUCUUCUGAACAUUCCAAUCACCACCAAGGUGAUGGUGUUCUGGCUGUGCUCAGUGAGCUGUGGACUGGAUACUGGAAACUGGGAAAAUGGACAUCAUUUCUUAAAGAUAUAUUUCUGUUUUUAAGAGGGCUUGCAUUUAAAUUAAUUUCUGUA